UACCCUCUUCUCUUCUCUCUCCAUCAACCCUUAAAUUUCUGCAAGUUUCGGAGCUAAUCCUCCUCCAGCAUCGCACGGAUCUAUUAUACUUUUUCUUUCUUUUUCUUUUUUCAUUCUCAAUUGUAUCAUAAUAUUUCCUUAUAUUUAUUAUACACAUGUAUAAUAAAUACUAUCUCACUUUCUUCAAUCAAAGCCAUUUUCUUUGGAUAAACAGUAUUUGAGAAAUUUUGAUCACACACAAUUUGAAGGAAGAAAGAUCAAAACGAUGGAGUCUAUAACGCUUGAUAUAGAGCUGUUGCAGUUACCUGAGACAUCACCAGUGUCAAUGAAAUCUAAUCAAGAUUUUGUUAAGAAGCUCUUUGAUCAAUGGCUUGCCCUUCCUGAAACCAAUCGCUUGGUUACAUCUUUGGUAAAUGAUGCAAAGGCAGGAGUGGCUUUGAAUGUUAUGUGUGGAGGAGGCUCUUUGGGCUCGAAUUCAGGGUCUAAUAGUCCAUUGGCUUCAAUGUUUCCGGCACGUAACAGGCCUCCUCUUUCUCCAAGGAACUCAACUGGUUCGCCUCGGAUCACUAGACAAAGGACUGGUCUUUCUAAUCUUAGCUCUCCUCUCAAAGUUGUUUCUGAUCAUGUCAAAGAGCUCAUUCCUCAGUUUUACUUUGAAGAUGGUCGCCCACCACCAAAUGAUCUGAAAGAGCAGUGUAUAGCUAAGAUCAAUAGUCUUUUUUAUGGCCAUGAGGACGGUUUGCAAAUCCAAGAAUUUAAAUUAGUCACUACUGAGGUCUGCAAGGUCCCAUCAUUUUUUUCCACCUCCAUUUUCAAGAAAGUUGAUACCAAUAACACUGGUUUUGUGAAAAGAGAAGCCUUCAUUGAUUAUUGGGUUAAGGGAAAUAUGUUGACAAAGGAGAUAACAAGUCAGAUAUUUACAAUACUGAAGCAACCAGAUCACAAGUACCUUGUCCAGGAUGAUUUCAAGCCUGUGCUCCAAGAACUAUUAGCAACACACCCUGGUCUUGAAUUCUUACAAGGCACACCUGAGUUUCAAGAUAGAUAUGCUGAAACUGUAAUAUACAGAAUAUAUUACUACAUAAACAGAAGUGGGAAUGGGCAUCUUACCUUGAGAGAGCUUAAGCGAGGAAAUCUAGUUGAUGCAAUGCAGCAUGCCGAUGAAGAAGAGGACAUCAAUAAGGUUUUGAGGUACUUCUCGUAUGAACAUUUCUAUGUCAUAUACUGCAAGUUCUGGGAGCUGGAUACAGACCAUGAUUUCUUGAUCGACAAAGAGAAUCUCAUCCGAUAUAGUAACCAUGCACUCACCUACAGAAUUGUCGACCGAAUCUUCUCUCAGGUACCCAGGAAGUUUACUAGUAAAACCGAAGGAAAAAUGGGAUAUGAGGAUUUUGUUUACUUCAUAUUGGCCGAAGAAGACAAGUCAUCAGAGCCUAGUCUUGAGUAUUGGUUCAGGUGCAUAGAUUUGGAUGCAAAUGGAGUUUUGACGCGGAACGAGCUGCAAUUCUUUUACGAGGAACAGCUGCAUAGAAUGGAGUGCAUGGCGCAAGAGGCGGUGCUGUUUGAGGAUAUUUUGUGCCAAUUAUUCGACAUGGUCAAACCAGAGGACGAAGGGUACAUUUGUCUGAAUGACUUGAAGGGUUCUAAGCUCUCUGGAAAUGUGUUCAACAUACUUUUCAACCUCAACAAGUUUAUGGCGUUUGAAACUCGCGAUCCCUUCCUCAUCCGCCAGGAGCGGGCAAAUCCAACAUGGACGGAGUGGGAUCGUUUUGCUCAUAGAGAAUAUAUUAGGCUAUCAAUGGAAGAAGAUGUAGAAGAUGCUUCUAAUGGAAGUGCUGAAGCAUGGGACGACUCACUUGAGGUCCCCUUUUGAGUUUCUUUAAUGGUAAGCUCUCUCACUAUAGAAAGCGGACCAACGAGUGAUGCAAUAACGUUGUUGACAACGACUCAGAAUUACGUACAAAAUAGAGAGUUGGGGUAUGUAAUUUCAAAUUUUUAACAUUUGGAUAAAAUUUGACACUAAACUAUACAUGUCAAAAAAGUAUCACACAGA